CUUCAUCUUCAUCACCCGCCGGAAGUGAGGAAGGAAAGGACCGGGUUACUCUGAUCAGACCGCGUCGCGUGCAUCGCUUCUGAAUGAACACAUUCACCGGAAUUCUGCACUGGACCUGACUGGAGGCAUGGACAGAGCGCUGAAUAGUGUUAGAGUGACUCCUGACCUUCAUCAGUAGCCUCACCCAUCAUCAUCAUCAGCAGCAGCUGCAGCAUCAGGACCAGCUCAGUUCAGACGGCAAAACCGAAACGCGUUUCUGCUGGAGUGUGUCCAUGGCGGGCCUCCGUCGCGAUGGGCGAGAGUAUGUCGAAGCGGCUGAAGCUAGUCACCGGCUCCGAGGCAGAGAUGGAGGAGCGCAGCUUCAUUAACCCGUUCCCGGACUGGGAUCAGAGCCUUUCCGUGUCCUCAGACCCAGAAGAACACAGUGGAGGGAACGAGCCGUGUGAUGCCGACGGAAAGAUCAGUGAUGCCUUUCAGAAGAAGGUGCAAAGCAAGAUCAAAGAUCUUCUCCAACAGAUGGAGGAGGGCCUGAAGACUGCAGAUCCACAUGAUUUCUCCACCUACACAGGCUGGACAGGCAUCGCCCUGCUGUACCUGCAGCUCUAUCGAGGGACACAGGACGCCUCGCACCUGCACCUGAGGAACCUGAACGGACGGCGCGUGUCCUUCCUGUGUGGAGACGCCGGGCCUCUGGCUGUAGGAGCAGUGGUUCAUCACCUCUUAAUGAACCAGAGCGAGUCCCAGGACUGCCUCACCAAACUGCUCCAGCUCCAGCUCCAGCUCCAGCGCUCCGACGCUCCGGACGAGCUCCUGUACGGACGAGCCGGAUACCUGCACGCCCUGCUGUAUGUGCACACAGAGAUCGGGCCGCACGCGCUGGACGAGGCCACCAUCACCACGGUGGUGACAGCUAUUCUGGAGUCAGGGAAGAAGCUGUCUAAAGAACAGAAGAAGUCUGAGCGCUGUCCCUUGCUGUACGAGUGGCAUCAGAAGCAGUAUGUGGGAGCAGCUCACGGCCUGGCAGGCAUUUACUACACACUCCUGCAGCCGAAUGCUAAAGUCAGUCAGGACAGUCUGAAUGAGCUGCUGCGGCCCAGUGUGGAUUACGUGCGGCACAAGAAGUUCCGCUCGGGCAAUUACCCAUCAUCCCUCAGCAACGAGACGGACAGACUGGUGCACUGGUGCCACGGAGCUCCUGGAGUGAUACAUAUGCUCAUCAUGGCUCAUAGAGUCUUCAGGGAGGAGAAGUACCUGCGAGACGCAGCUGAGUGUGGAGAGGUGAUUUGGCAGAGAGGUUUACUGAGGAAGGGUUAUGGACUCUGUCACGGCACGGCAGGGAACGGAUACGCCUUCCUCUCGCUCUACCACGCCACACAGGACAAGAAGUACCUGUACCGGGCCUGCAAGUUUGCUGAAUGGUGUCUAGAUUACGGGACUCACGGCUGCCGCAUUCCUGACCGGCCGUAUUCCCUUUUCGAAGGUAAACUGAUCAUCAUCUGUCAUUGAUAAAACACUCUUCACUAUUCUCAAAAAGUCGUGGAUUAAAUGUAAUAUUACAUUUCAACUUUACUCGUUAAAUUAAUGAAAUAAU